UCGCUCCAAAGCUUCGACAUUAAUUGGUGUGUACAUCUGACCUGUUUCCCCGUCUCUGCGUUGCAGGCUACCAGAAUACAACAAGACAUGCAACUACGUCGAAGUUCCGGUCUGAUGGUACUGAUCGUAAUUUCACUUGUGACUUACUCAGCGGUGUUGCUCUGCAAACGGGACACUGUUCCAGAAAUAAUUAAUUUCAAGCGACCUCUUCCAGCUACAAUAACCAAAGCAUUGUCUCGCUUUAAGCUAAGAAAGAAAUCAUUGAAGCGAGCCUGCGCACAAUUUCAGCGACCACUUACGGAGAGAGAGAAGAAGCUUAUGUACGCCACAAUGGUGGUGGACGACGAAAAUCGACUUAUUUGGUGUCCUGUUAGAAAAUCCGGGACAACAUCCUGGCGUAGCAUGAUGCUUAUUCUGGCGGGAAGGUUUUCGGACGUAAAAGAGGCUGUAUACCACGCCUUGCACCACGACUUCCAGUAUCUAACGCGCUUGAGUAAAAAGUAUCACAGCAAUGCGGAUAUCGAGUGGAGGUUGAAGAACUACACGAAAUUCAUGUCGUACAGAGAGCCUCUUCAACGUGUCAUUUCCGACUACAGACAGAUUAGACUGCAUAUAACUAGCUUUCAACAAGCGGUUUGCAAAUUGGUCGUACAGUACAACAAGCUUCUCAAUGGUUCAAGCAACAGUGAACCGUAUGCUUGGAAAGACAUCAGCUUUCCUCAUUUUGUCAAUUAUAUUACUCGUUUCUAUGGCAGUAAAGAAAAGUAUUUAGAUCUUAACGAUCAUUGGAGACCAAUCAACUUGAUUUGCCAUCCUUGUCACAUUGAUUAUGAUUUCCUCGUUGACAUGGAUAGUACUGGUCUUGCCGAGGAAUCAGAUUAUCUGCUCAGAUCUGUUAGAGCUCCCUCUUGGCUGCAUCUGCCGCACGACAAUCGAUCGGGUAACGAAACAAAGUACAGCUUUUUUUCUCAGCUUUCGUCCGCUCAGUUUCAACGUCUUCGUGAUCAAUACAACGACGACUACGAGAUAUUUGGAUACCAACCUGUCAAUCAACAUGAAUAAAGUCUGUAAUACAAAAUUGGUUAAUUGAGCCAAGAUACUGUGAUAAACUGUUUCUGCGAAUUUAUAAACAACUUUCAUGCUGAUCGUUUAGUAUCAAUUUCUCGUUUUCUUAAUGUCGGUAAAAAAUAUUAAUGUUUGGCAGACUAGUAAAACAUUUAAUAGCUACUGCAAAAUUGUCCUUAUUAUGUAUACAAUGGUCACGUGCAUGUGACA